AUGUGUGAGGAAAAUGAAAACAAGGAUUCUGAAUAUAUCGAAACAACCGCCAUAGAAAGUGGAUACAAUUCGGAACGUUUUAAGCAUUUGUGGUUUUUGUGCGAGAAUUGUGAGACCCUUAUAUAUAAGAAAUCUUUACUAGAACAAAAAGGUGUUUGUGCAGAAUGUGGAGCAACUCUGCAAAUGACUAGUUCAGAGCGAAUUGAACUAUUAAUUGAUAAUGGCACUUGGCGUUCUAUAAACACGAAGUUAUCUAGUAUAGAUGUUUUAGAGAAAAAACAUACGACGUUUGACAUCAAAAUGGAAGAAUUUAUAGAAACAGACGAACAGUCUUAUCAAGAUUAUAACACUUCCUAUCAAAAAGAAACAGGUUUACCCGACGCUAUUCAAAUAGGCAUAGGUGAAAUAAAUGGUAUUUUUGUUGCACUCGGAGUUAUGGAUUUUCAAUUCAUGGGAGGCAGUAUGGGCUCGGUAGUGGGUGAAAAAAUAACCCGUUUAAUACAGUUUGCUACUAAGAAUUUUCUUCCAUUAAUUCUCGUAUGUGCUUCUGGCAGAGCGCGCAUGCAAGAAGGAAGUUUUAGCUUAAUGCAAAUGAAUAAAAUAGCUGCUAUGUUGCAUACAUAUCAAAAGGAGAAAAAUUUACUAUAUAUUUCAAUUCUUACAUCUCUGACAACUGGUGGAGUCGCUGCUAGUUUUGGUAAGUUGGCUAAUGUCACGAUUGUUGAGCCUAAUGCAUGCAUUGCAUUUGUAGGUAAAAGAGUUAUUGAACAGACAUUAAACCAGAUAGUAGAUGAUGAAGAUCAAAUAUCUGAUUCUUUAUUUGAUUUUGGAAUGUUUGAUAGCAUGGUUCCACGAGCUCUUUUAAAAAAUGUUCUAAGCAAGACAAUUGAAAUAUACAUGUAUGGUGAUUGAAAGGUCAGAAUAAUUCAUUCUAUUUUAAGAUUCCCAAAAACAAUUCUUGAUCCCUUAAGAAUUGUUUUUUUGGGGAUCAAAAUAACACAGAAAGUUUUUCAAUUAUGUAGAG